ACUACUGAAAAGGGACCGCUGUCGCGUGAGUUUGUUCCAUUGAAAAUCAAUUUGGUGUAAUUGAACAUUGAACAAGAUGAACAGCUUUAGUGGUGAAGAAUUCAACUUUAGUUUCCUUGAUGAAGGCUUUACUGCAAAGGAUAUUGUAGACCAAAAAAUAAAUGAAGUUUCUUCUUCAGAUGAUAAAGAUGCUUUUUAUGUUGCCGACCUUGGAGAUGUCCUGAAAAAACACUUGCGUUGGUACAAAGCCCUUCCUAGAGUUUUUCCAUUCUAUGCUGUCAAAUGCAACGACAGCAUUGCUAUAGUGAAGACUCUGGCUAGUCUUGGGGCAGGAUUUGAUUGUGCCAGUAAAACUGAAAUACAACUGGUCCAAAGUGCUGGAGUGUCCCCGGAACGUAUAAUAUAUGCAAAUCCAUGCAAGCAGGUCUCUCAAAUUAAGCAUGCUGCAAAUAACGGUGUACAGAUGAUGACUUUUGAUAGUGAAGUUGAGCUGAUGAAAAUUGCAAGAGCCCACCCUAAAGCCAAGCUGGUCCUACGAAUUGCAACAGAUGACUCAAAAGCAGUUUGUCGCCUGAGUGUAAAAUUUGGAGCCACACUAAAAAACAGCAGGUUGUUGCUUGAGCGAGCAAAAGAACUUGACUUACAUAUUAUUGGAGUCAGUUUCCAUGUUGGAAGUGGAUGUACAGAUCCUGAGUCUUUUGUGCAAGCCAUUUCUGAUGCACGUUGCGUUUUCGAUAUGGGGGCUGAACUUGGUUUCAACAUGUAUUUGCUUGAUAUUGGCGGUGGCUUUCCUGGCUCUGAAGAUGUAAAACUUAAGUUUGAAGAGAUAACUAACAUAAUUAAUCCAGCUUUGGACAAGUAUUUUCCUCCUGAUUCUGGGGUGAAAAUUAUUGCUGAACCCGGCAGAUACUAUGUUGCAUCAGCUUUUACACUAGCUGUUAACAUAAUUGCGAAGAAGAUUGUAAUAAAGGAACAGACUGGAUCUGAUGAUGAAGAAGAAUUGAAUGACAAAACUCUUAUGUAUUAUGUUAAUGAUGGAGUAUAUGGAUCAUUUAAUUGCAUCUUGUAUGAUCAUGCACAUGUUAAGCCAGUUUUGCAAAAGAAAUCUAAGCUGGAUGAGAGAGUCUACUCUUGUAGUAUAUGGGGACCAACUUGUGAUGGCCUUGAUCGUAUUGUUGAGCGUUGUGGCCUACCAGAACUUCAGGUUGGGGAUUGGAUGCUGUUUGAAAACAUGGGAGCCUAUACUGUGGCAGCUGCUUCUACCUUCAAUGGAUUUCAAAGGCCAACAAUACACUAUGUAAUGUCAAGGACAGCAUGGCAGUUAAUGGAACGGAUAAAGAAGCAAGGUUUUCAAGCAGAAGUAGAGGACCAGGAUGUCCCUUUGCCACUCUCUUGUGCCUGGGAAAGUGGAAUUGAACACCAUCAGGGCGCUUGUACUUCAGCAAGCAUUAACGUAUAGAUACUGUUAGCUAAUGUGCAAGUUUAGGGAUGAAUUUUUAUAGGACUUUGGGGACCAUUAACUUAAUUCUUCCUAGAAUUUUUAAAUGUUUGGAAAGCUUAGGGUAUGUGUAAAUGUAACAAGAUAGGUAAGUAGAAGGAGAGGUCACAUUUAUCUGUGUGUUCCUAUGGAAACUGAAUAUUGUUUUAUAUGGAUUUCUAUUCAUUUCUCAAGUAUGCUACUAAAACUGAACUUUGGCUGUCAAGCAAGCAUUUGUAGCUUGUAUAUUUGGCAGAAUGGUCUGCAUAUAUUAUUGUGACCUGAUUGUUUUUCAAUAAAGUCUAUCAAAAUAAUAGAA